AUGGCUUACGACGCCCCGAUUAGAACCCCACGAGGGCUAUCAGAAUUCCCUGUCGAAGUCCUCAAUACGAAAAUACCCAGCCAUGAAAUCGGCAAGUGUCACAAGAAGAAUCGAGAGGCCCUGGUUGCACUCAGCGGAAUGUGUAGAACAUUUCGCGACUUAGCGCAACCUCUUCUCUAUCAUUUCCUUCCUUAUCUACCUGACGCUCUGAGAUUUCCCAAGUUGGUCCGAACACUCGAAGAACGGCCAGAUCUCGCCAUGCAAGUUAAACGGAUUUGCCGAGAGCGGUACUCCUCUUGUGGAUGGGAUAUUUUUGAACAAGAAGAGAUUGAGCUCAUUAAAUCCGUUGCUCGGCGAUUGAGUAUGGAGCGAGAAGGUGAUUCAGACUUUGAAAGCGCUGAGGAUGUCGACAUAAGUGCUGGAGAGUUUUGCUUGGAAGUAUUGGUGGCUAUGCUGCCCAGUCUUGAGUCAUUGGAGAUAACACUGGAGCAGAGCGAGACGCGUUCGGAAGAUCCUCACUUCAUAUACCUCCAAGAGCGCUACGAUAGUCUGGGAUCUGUUGCGGCUUCGGCCCAUCUGAAGCAUUUAAUGUUUGAUGGCGAUUGGGGAUUCGGCGCCGACAACCCUGCCAUUACGACUUUGUUGAACAUCUCACCAAACUUAGAGCACAUCCAGUUGCUAGGAUGCGUUGGUACUUCUGGCCGGCGAGUGUUCCAAGAUUCUGCGGAAAGACCGCUUCGUGUUGUUGAAAUGGAUCAAUGUUUCUUGCAGGAGGAUCCAGCCUCUAACACUUUUCUGAGCGACAUGAUUGCUCACGCCCCGAAUCUACAGCGCUUUCGAUAUUCAUUAGGCCUUUCUUGGGUGCACGAGGACGUUAACCGUCUCCUUUCAGUUCCUGGGUUUUUAGCUUGCCUUCAGCCAGUGCAGUCUUCACUUACCUCACUGGACAUCGAUCUCACUGCCCUCUCCUACGAAGCUCUACCAAGACACGUAUUAAAGAAAGGGUCGUUACGUGCCUUGUCAAAGCUGGAAACGCUCCACCUUGACGACACCUCCAUUUGUAUACAUCGUCACGAAAAAGAAGGAGCCCCAUCUUGCCUCGUUGAUAACAUCCCCCCAAAUCUACACACUCUGAAUCUCCGCGUAUAUCAAGAUACGUCUAUAUGGGGGGAUCUAGAGAAGCUCAGUAUGGAAGUACAGAGAUUCCCAAAUUUGAAGGAGCUAGUCAUUAAUGUAAUCCCCCAAGGUUAUAAGAGAGCGGAGCUAGAGAAGGUCCGCUCGGUGGCAUAUAGCCAUGGCCGCAAAUUAGCAGCUGCUCUACUUGGAAGUAGCGUGGCCUUUACGUUGUUCGCCAACUGGGAGCCAUUCUCUCUCCCCGUGGGUCCGAUUCACUCGGAUGAACUUUUAAACCAAGAACACAGUAAAUAA